CACAAAGGCAGAAGCCUAAGUGGGCUAUAUAGCCAUUCUUGGGCUUUUCCCAACUGGAAUUCAAGCAAUCCAUUUGUUGAAAAUUACUACUUCUAUAGCUUUAGAUAAGAAAGUGUCCCUCUAAGAAGCACUAACACCUCAUUUGGGAUGAUCUACACAUAUUUUACCAUUGUAUCCAUGUUCGUGCUUACUAGCUUGUAUUUCACUAAUUAAAAAAAUUAUAUAUGAACAAGUAACAAAGCUUAAGUAGUUGUUGCAAAAUCACAUGGGCUUAGCCUAAAACGGUCAAACAGUCAAACAGAAACCUAUGUAAGUGGAAAAAGUACAGGUACUUGUAUAAUUAAUUGGGUAGUCUCAGGUUUAGGUACUUGAAGACACAAUGAUAGAAUAUAUUUUUUCAUAGACUAAGAACUUGAGAAGUCAACUGACUCGAGUAGAAUGAAAGACCGAAGUUACAAGGAAUUGGGAAAGUUGUAUGGUGAAUGUCGUCAACGCGGUGAUGGUUUGUCUCUGACAUUGUCUCUCCCAGAAAGUUCCCUCCUACGGUUUCUACAAUAUAGCUUUCAACCCCACUAGUCUUUCCAGAAAGCUGAAGUAACUGGUGAACAUGGCAUCCUUUGUCAGAAUAACAGUUCUGGUAUGGGCUGAUAUACUAACAGCUUAUGCCUUGUUUGUGAUGAUGCCAUACUUGACAACUGUCUGGAAUCUUAACAUUACCCGUGCUGCUGCAAUUGUGAAUGUGUUUUAUGGUGUUGCGAGUAUAAUGCCUAUAGGCAUGGCCUUCCUUGUUGAUGCUUUCAUUGGUGACUAUAGGAUGCUCUUGCUCUCCAGUCUUGCUUAUAGCAUUGGGGUGAGCUUCUUGGCAAUGUCAACACCACCUGUCCUUUCUAAUGCUGCAGGAAACUGUGGUGCAUACAAGCCAGAUUGCAUUGGUGAUACCCAAAAGGCUCUCUUCUAUACAGCGUUGGCACUCAUAGCUAUUGGGAUGUCUGGUCAUAUCACAUCCUUAGAGUAUUUCCUGAAUCAACAAAUAAAAAAGAACCAAAAAAGUGAUCAAGAUGAUUCAGAAAAACAACAGCCAACAAAUCAACAAAUAAAAAAGAACCAAAACAGUGAUCAAGAUGAAUCAGAAAAGCUAGAGCCAACACCAUGUCAAGCGUUAGGCAUGUUUAGUGUGAUUAUUUUUCCAAUUGUUGGAUGUAUUGCACUUCCGUACAUAAAGCCAUGGUCUGUCCGAUUUGGAAUACCAGCAAUAUGUACUGUAGUGGCAACUUUUCUAUUCACAACUGGCCGUUCAUACAAACAUUCUAGACCAGAGGGGAGUCCUCUUACAACUAUAUGUAGAGUCUUUGUAGCCUCUGCUUCCAAUAUGUUUCGUCAUCUCCCACCAGAUGAUUAUCCGCUGCCUCACACCCGGAGCCUCAGGUGCCUUGACAAGGCUGUAAUCAAAACCCAAAAUCAAGAGCAAAAUAGAUGGAAAGUUUGCAACAGAGAAGAGGUGGAGGAUACUAAAAUGGUUAUACGCAUGAUACCCAUGUGGAUGACAUUCAUUAUGUGUGGGGUUGUGAUUUCCAUAGGCAGCACUUAUUUUUUAGAGCAAGCAACUGAUAUGAAUCGCAAGGUUGGAAAAUUGAAGGUCCCUCUUCCUAUAUUAAAAUUUUUCUAUGACCUUGUAAAAGACCAUUUCAAAGGUCUGUAUGUCAAAGUAACUAAAAAAGUAAUUCCAGGAAAAUAUGUACCCCCCUUUGGAAUCAUAGUAGCAAUGCUGUUUUCUAUACUAUGUUGUAUCACAGCUGCAGAAGUGGAAACCUGGAGGCUAGACGUGAUUAGAAGGCACGGGUUGCUUGACAAACCUAAUGACAGCAAGGAGAAAAUUCCAAUGAGCAUGUUCUGCCUUCUUCCACAGUUUCUCCUUCUUGGUGCUGUUGAAGGAAUGUCUAACCUCAGCAUUGAUCAAUUCUUCACUAAUCAAGCUCCUGCCUCAAUGAGGCGCUACUUGAAUCUUUUCACCCACGGUGUUAUUGGAGCAGGAACUGUGGGUAGUGUCCUUUCAGUUUAUGUUGUGGGUAAGGUCAGUGAAAGGGGAGGAAGACCAAAUUGGUUUCAGGACACACUGAAUAAAAGUCGAUUGGAUAACUACUAUUGGACACUGACAGUGUUGAGUUCUAUAAAUCUUAUUUUGUACAUCUUGGUGGCAUCGCAGUACACCUAUAAAGACCCACCAAAUGAAGAUGACGAUAAAGCAACAAAGAAUGAAGGAUCUGCCUAGCCCAAGGAAGAUGGUGUGCAUUGUUGUUGUUGUUGCUGUGGUUGGUAUGCUUGGAAGAAUUUCUUUUUACAUGCAUUCCCCUGUAUUCUCCAAUUCAAUGUGGCAGUAUUCUCUGUAUUCCUUGACGUUUGUCAAGUGCAAUGUAGCAAGAAGCUUAAUUUAAUGAAACUGCUGAGAUUUCCCUUUUUUCCUUCAAA